AUGACGAAGUUGAUACAACAGUUAAACUUUAGUAGUAGUAAUUACUUCGACCUUAUGAGAUACGAGCCUAACUCUGCUAAAGGAGAGAAUUACUAUGGUGACUGCGCGUCUUUGAGCGCGGCCGGCAGUAAGCGGUCGGCUUUGUCGGCUUCCGACGCCGAGUGUUUUUCGCUCUGCCUGGGCGCCGGGCCUCUGUGGUGGUCCUGA